AUGGCGACUCGCCGCAUCGUCAGUUCCGAAAAGACGAUCCUUGAAAAGGACGACUACGCCGAGGAAAAGUCCAACAUCACACCUGCUGUCCCCAAAGAUGUCAUCUUUAAGCUGCUAGGGUUUACUUUUGCCAUGAUUGUCGUGCCCAUUGGGUCUUAUUUCCUAACUGUUCACUCUGUAUUCAAAGGAAACUCUUCCCUGGCGGGCGGUCUUGCUGCUCUCCUGGCCAAUGUGGUCCUGAUAAGCUACGUUGUGGUCGCCAUGAAGGAGGAUGAUUCUGAGCGACGAGGGGGCGAAAAAGGUGCAGAAUCAAAGAAGACGCAAUAG